CAGAGUUAUUGAAUUUUUCAAUAGUUUGAUUGGAUUUCAGACACUCAAAUAUUUGUAUCCUAAUGUUUAUUUUUAAUGUAUACUUCCAACAUGUGUGUCUUCACAGUGCUGUGUGAUUUUUCACUACAUGAAUGUAAUGGUGUGUUAUUCACUAUGCGAAAGAAUCUAUUUGCCUACUUGUUUAUUCUGUCCAUUGUCUCGUACACUACAGUUUACUACAUAUGCAGUCAUCGGUCUCAACAGCAAUUCAUUAUAAACUCAUACAAUGAGGAAAAAUUAACUGAAUUGGAGCAAAAAAUUGAAUUUGAGCGGAAAGCUAUCCAUGCACUUUUAGUAAGACUUAAUACAUCCAUGCAGAUGAAAAAAAAUGAUAAAAGGUUGUUUAACAAGAUAGGGAAUGAGUCAGAAGUGAUUUUGGAAGCAGAUCAGCUGUAUGAGAGAAGGAGGGAAGAGCUAUUAAGACAUCCUCCAGAAGCAAUCGCAGUUUUAGUGAUGGCUUGUGACCGUGUAACCGUAACUCGUUGUUUGGACCAGUUGCUCAAAUACCAACCAGAUUCCACUUACUUCCCAAUCAUUGUAAGUCAGGACUGUGACCACAAACCAACAGCAAAAGCUAUAAGAUCUUAUGGUGAUCGUCUCUACCACAUACAACAACCUGACCAAAGUGACAUACAAGUAUCAUCAGAGGAAAUAAUGUUUCAAGGGUAUUUCAAAAUAGCUCGGCACUACGGCUGGGCUCUAAAUCAAAUGUUCAACAUCUUCAAUUUUAACACCACAAUUAUCAUUGAAGAUGACUUAGACGUCUCUCCUGACAUAUUCGAGUAUUUUCUAGGAACUCUUCCUCUACUUCACGCAGAUCCUACGCUGUGGUGUGUUUCUGCGUGGAACGACAACGGAAAACUCGCCUUGGUGAAUACAGCAGAGAAAGAUGUUAUUUACAGAACAGACUUCUUUCCUGGGCUGGGUUGGAUGUUAAACAAACAAGUUUGGGCUGAGAUUUCAGUCAAGUGGCCUACCAGCUUCUGGGAUGAUUGGCUGCGACAACCACAGCAGCGGAAAAACCGAGCUUGUCUUCGGCCUGAGCUUUCACGAACACGAACAUUUGGGAAAACAGGUGUAAGCAAUGGUCUUUUUUAUGAGAACCACUUGAAGUUCAUAUACCUCAAUGAUCAAUUUGUACCUUUCACACAGAAAAAUUUGACUUUUCUUUUAAAAGGCUACUACGAUAAACAAUUCCUGCAAGCUGUGUAUAAGAGUAGAAUUGUGACGUACCGUGAUCUCAAGUUGGGUUACAUCUUUGAUGGGCCUGUUUGUAUACAAUAUUACACCAAGGACCAGUUCAACCGGAUAGCCAAAGCUUUUGGCCUCAUGGAUGACUACAGAGGUGGGGUACCUCGCACAGCUUACAGAGGCAUUGUGACUUUUUAUUACAAGAAGCUAAGAGUGUACAUUGCUCCUCAUGCCAACUGGAAGGGGUACGACUUAACUUGGAGCUGACACUUGACCUACCUAUUCUUAAGUACCUAUGUAUACAAGGCAUCAUGUUUUGCACUUGUCCAGAGGAAAUGAAGAGCAUCUUGGACUAGAAUAUAGUUCCUGGAAAAAGUCUUGAUGCAUCUACUUUGUUUUCAGUCGAGUGAGGUUUAAAGAUAACAAUAGAGUGUGGCAAAGCUUUACUUGCAGCUUCUGGUUUACGGACAGUU